UAGUAACUAAUGCAUGGGAGUUACAAGUCACAUCUGAAUUUUCUGGCAGACAGCUCAGUUAGCCAGUCUUUUAGUUAACGCUAAUGACAUGGUGCUCCGAGCACGGUCUGUUAAGCUUUGGCACCAACUGUUUAAAUAUUGUUAGAUAAUGUUCUGAUACAAAGACAACUGUUUGUUAUCCUUCUAUAUCCUUCUAUAUAGAUAAUGUGUUGGGGUGGUGUGAUAAACAACAAAUAAGUGGUGCACGUCUGUGCAAAAUUGACAGUCAACCUGUUGCCACUGUUAGAUAUCCACUAUUGUGUUACAUCUUCACAGAAACGCGCGGAGUGACCACUGUGUCCGAAUUUCUUCGUGAGCGCAGAGUUCCAGAAGAAGUCAUCAACCGUUUGGAAGAGGAAAAGACCUGGAUCUGAAAUGACGCCCAUGACGGAUGAUCUAAUUAAAUUAUACUUCUCCAUUGGAUUUAGUAACAAAGAGAUACUAAUGUUAUUGGCACAGAAUCACAGAAUAGUGCUAAGUAUCCGGACGUUAAAGAGACAUUGCCGUGAACUGGGACUGUUCAGAAGAAAACACCAUUCAGAUCUGAAUGACGUAAAAGCUUUUCUGCAGCAGGAACUACAGCAUGAUGGACAGAUGCAAGGAUAUCGCUGGUUGCAUCUUCGGGCAGUUCAGAAUGGACUUGUGGUACAGCAGGACACAAUACGACAGAUCAUCAAGUUCCUUGAUCCUGAGGGUGUGGAACUUAGAAGAACUCGUCGUCUUAGAAGGCGGCAGUACAACACUAAAGGCCCAAACGCUCUUUGGCACAUGGACUCUUAUGAUAAAUUGAAACCCUAUGGUAUUGGGAUUAAUGGAUGCAUUGAUGGCUUCAGCCGUUUUGUUUUAUGGAUGGAAGCUUACACAACAAACAAUGACCCAAAAGUUGUAGCCAACUAUUUUAUAGAAUGUGUCACACGUUUGGGUGGGUGUCCAGAGAGGAUCCGGGCAGACAAUGGAACUGAAAAUGGACAUGUUGCCAACAUGCAGGUGUUUCUAAGAAGAAACCACACCGACAGUUUUGCCAAAGACAGCAGUUUCAUUUAUGGACGGAGCACUGCCAAUCAGCGCAUAGAAUCCUGGUGGGGAAUUCUGAGAAAACAAAGCAUUCAGUUCUGGAUGAACAUAUUCAAAACACUUCAAGAGAAUGGACAUUUCUCUGGGAGCUUUUUGGAUAAAAGCUUAGUCCAGUUUUGCUUUCUCAACCUGGUCCAGAGAGAUGUGAAUGAAGUAGUGAGAACAUGGAAUACCCACUAUAUCAGACCAAGACCUGGACAAGAAGUUGCUGGAGGUCGACCCAUCCUCAUGUACACAGUCCCUCAGGAGUAUGAUGCUGAGGACUGUCUUAAAACAGUGGACAUGGAGGAGGUUGCGGUAUGCAAGGAGGAGUGCACACCCAAGAGUCAGUUUCCCUGUGAUGAGACUGUCUUUGAGCUGUGUCUACUACUAAUGCAGGAGAAUGAAUGGGAGGCUCCUACAGAUGCUUAUAAUGCAGCUGAAUUGUACACCUCACUUAGAGCAGUAUUACUUGAAAAUCUUUGAACAUGCUGAUUGAUUUUCCAGUUUCAGCAUCCUUGCUAUUAUAUGGUGGCAGUGGUAUCAUAAUUAUUUCUUAUUCAGUUAAAUAAUUGUUUGCUAAUGUUAAAAACCUUCCUGAUGUUUACUAAAGCAGUGAAGAAGCACACCCAUCUAAGCAAUAUUGUGUUUUUUUUUGUUCAUGAAUUGCCUGGUUAGGGUUCAACAGUGACAUGGUUUAUCUAGAUUAAGUUACAGUAAGUUUUGUCUUUUAGGUUGGGUGUGCUGGUUGCAACGGUGUCUGUGUUAUGUGAUAUACGAACUGCACUAUAACACUGUACUCCAAUAAACUACUGUUAGAAUUAUUUUUACUAUUCUCUAUAUGUUUAUUUAAUUUUCCAUAUUCAUCGUAUUUAUCAUGUAACAAAUAAGCUUUUUACCUUGGUGUGCAGUUGUGUGAUUGUAGUCUGUAAUUAAUUGAGCCGCAAAGAAUCCCGAUUUUAAUUGCCGUUUUGGAUUAUGAAACUACAUUUUUCCUUCAACAACUGCAACCUGUAAUAAAGGUGUCUAAUUUCAGUUUAACUCAUACUGAAAAAUCUCUUAUAAGAUUCUCUUAUAAAUCAG